CUCCCCUCCACGUGCCGCGAGAUCGCAGCGCAUAAGGGUGACCAAUUCCCUCCCUCCCCAACCUUACCUUCUCAUUCUCGAUGCGGUGACAGCUCCACCCAAUGGCUGCAUGCCCUACCUAGACUUCGACAUCUUACUCCCUUCUCCCUCCACCGUCAACGCCGCGCGGAACACUCCCCGCCGCCCUUCCCUACCAAUGUGGCGCCUCAUGCAUCUUGCGCUCCUCGUGCCCCUCGCCAUCCUCCCCCAUACUGUCGGCGCCGAACUACAGUCCUCUCGCUACUACACCACCAGUGACGAGCUCCUCCUGCAGCCCUCCAUUCUCUCCCUCGAUGAUAAACGACCCGAAGACUGUCCGCCGUGCUUCAACUGCAAUCUCGACAACUUUGUGUGCCAGCAGUACGCCAACUGCACCAAGAGCAGCGGCAAAUGCGCCUGUCCUCCGGGCUUUGGUGGUGAAGACUGCGGCAGGCCGCUGUGCGGCUCUUUGGCAGAUGGAAGCAAUCGCCUGCCUCGCGAAGGCGACCAGUGCAAGUGCAAGGACGGGUGGGCCGGCAUCAACUGCAACGUGUGCAAGACCAAUGAAGCUUGUCAAGCAUUCCUCCCCGACAAAGUCAAGGAUGAGGCGGUCUGCCUCACGGACCCCCUGGUCGUCAAGGAGAACCAUCAGAUGUGCGACAUCACCAACCGAAAGAUCUUGGACCAACUGAAGAAUGAGAAGCCGCAAGCGACGUUCAGCUGUAACGCGGAGCGCAGGGACUGCAGCUUCCAAUUUUGGAUCGAUCAAAAGGAGAGCUUCUACUGCGCUCUCGAUACCUGCGACUGGACAAAGGUGGCGACGGAGAAGCGCAACACGACCAAGUACAGAUGUGACAAUAUCAAAUGCAAAUGCAUCCCCGGCCGCAUGUUGUGCGGUCGCGAAGGCACUGUGGACAUCGGGGACUUUCUGGAUCAAGAGAUCAAUGGCCCUGCUACGUUCACCUCCAUCAGCACCGAGGGCGGGUCUAGCGAAGAUGGGAGCGUGUUUUCCGAGCCCGGAAUGAACGAUCUGAUCUCUCAAGUCUUCGGCGACAAGAGCAUCACUUUACGUUGUGAAAGCGGAGAAUGCGUGACCCGCACCCAGGUUCCCGGCUAUACGAAGCCCGUCAAGGAGAUCAACACGCCGCUGAUAGCGGGCGUCAUUGCUGGUUCUGCUCUAUUCUUGGUCGCCGUGAUUCUACUUAUCUUCCUUAUCCGCCGGCGGACCGGUAGUUCACGAUUCGGGCAAAUUCGUUUGGACACCGACGAAGAAGAGGAGGAAAACGCGAGAUUGCUGGCAGAUCACAAACCGGCCGCUUUGUACUUCGACAACGUCCACUAUGAAGUAAAGGGCAAGAAGAUUCUCAAUAACAUCAUGGGAUCGGUGCAUCCAGGCGAGCUACUGGCAAUUAUGGGCGCAUCUGGGGCAGGAAAGACUUCCUUCCUCGAUAUCCUCGCGAGGAAGAAGAAGCGAGGGACCGUCGUGGGUGAUUUCUGGCUCAACGGUGAUAAAGUUGCGGAUGACGAGUUCAGGAGCGUCACUGGCUUCGUCGACCAGGACGACACCAUGAUCCCUACUUUGACGGUUCAUGAGACCAUCCUAGACUCGGCUCUACUGCGCCUACCGAAAGAUAUGAGCAGAAAUGCCAAGGAGCAGAAGGUCGAGGACGUCGAACGCCAGCUCGGCAUCUAUGCCAUCAGGGAUCAAGUCAUUGGCUCCCAAGAAGGCACGCGCGGCAUUUCUGGCGGCGAGAAGCGACGCGUGGGUAUUGCCUGUGAGCUGGUGACGAGUCCGAGCAUUCUGUUCCUCGAUGAGCCCACUUCGGGACUGGACGCCUAUAAUGCCUUCAACGUCGUCGAAUGUCUGGUGAACCUCGUCAAGACGUACAAUCGAACGGUGGUCCUGACUAUUCACCAACCGCGAUCGAACAUUGUUGCGCUCUUUGAUCAGCUGAUGCUGUUGGCGGAAGGCCGACUCGUCUACAGCGGUCCUUUCCACAAAUGUCAGGGAUACUUCGACAGCAUUGGGUACUCGUGCCCACCAGGAUUCAACAUUGCCGAUUAUCUGGUGGACCUGACCAUGCAUGCCGGAACGCCCACCGAGCCGUUGGACCUAGAGGAUCUGGAAUACGCGGGCGAAGACGGACGAACCACCAGGGCAAGUUCGACCAUUGCGGUCAAAAGCAUUCCGAGCAUUAGCAAUGUUUCCAUUGGCGACCGCUCCUUGAAUGCCGGCUCGUUGCGGCCAAAAGCGCAAAGAAAGACGAGCGUACGACAGCAGCAGGAACGCCAGUUGUACGGCCGAAGGCGCACGCAAGAAAAUGUACAUGGGUCGCCGACAAUCCGGAGCGAAGGGGACAGCAUCAUGGAGAGGGAGUACGAUACCGUGAAGCUGUCGAGACAGCAUGGCAACGCUGCGGCACAUUCCGAUGACCCUCACAAUUUACCACCGUCGGCGAACGGUAUCAGUACGAAUCUGGACACCCUGGUCUCCUCGUUCGCAGACUCUGAUGUGGCGACCGAUCUACGGGAAGACCUUCACAGUGCCAUAUCCGCGGCCAAUGACAGCAACGGCCAGCCUCCAGAUGCCUCCAAUGGAAAAUCAACGCCCAAAGUUCGAGGCUACCGAAAACCCUGGCUCCCCACGCAGUUUAUGAUUCUCUCCCUACGGACAUGGCGAAAUCUUUACCGCGAUCCCAUGCUCAUGCUGACGCACUACCUCAUUGCGAUUGUGCUUGCCUGUUUUCUGGGCUUCCUCUUCUAUGGGCUUACAGACGACGUCCCCGGAUUUCAAAACCGGCUCGGUCUUUUCUUCUUCAUCCUCGCCCUCUUCGGCUUCAGCACCCUCACGUCUCUGACUGUCUUUGCUCCCGAGCGACUCCUCUUCGCGCGGGAACGGGCGAAAGGGUACUACAACCCGCUUGCCUACUACCUUGCCAAAGUCGUCUUCGACAUCGUCCCGCUUCGUCUCAUUCCGCCUAUCAUCAUGGGCUGUAUCAUUUACCCCAUGACCGGCCUUUUACCGGCCUGGGCGGAGUUUUUCAAGUUCAUUCUGUUCAUCGUGUUGUUUAAUCUCGCGGCUGCCGUCAUCUGCCUCUUCAUCGGCAUUUGCGUCAAGAACCCCGGCGUGGCAAACCUAUACGGCGUGCUGUUCAUGCUGUUCAGUCUACUCUUCAGCGGAUUCUUAUUGAACCACGGCACGAUUCCCGGGAUUGUUCUGUGGUUGCAGAAACUCUCCAUCUUCCACUACGCCUUUGAAGGGCUGAUUGUCAACGAAGUACGCUAUCUGCAGCUGGAGGACAAGAAAUAUGGCCUGGACAUCGACGUGCCCGGCGCCUCGAUUCUCAGCAUCUUCGGCUUCCGAGUGUUGGAACUGUGGCACGACGCCGUCGGUCUUGCCGUCUUUGGUGGUGCUUUUUUGGUGUUGGGCUAUGUGGCAAUCCACUUCGUCCUGGUCGAGCGGAGGUAAUGAGAUCCGUAAAUGUACAUACAAUAGAAAGCGAUAAUGUAAAGAUGCCCGUUGUCCUGA